AUGGCCAGACUCCACUUCCUGCUGUUCCUCUUGGUGGUCACCAGAGGGUGCAGUGCAGUGAUCUUUCCUCCUGAGAUGUUACAGAAAAAAAGCUCCUGUGCUUCUUCUGUUGAUUCCCUGCCUAGAAGCUGCAAGGAAGUCAAAGAAAAUUGCCCUCAAGCAGGUGAUGGCUUGUAUUUCCUCCGCACUGAGAAUGGUGUCAUCUACCAGACCUUCUGUGACAUGACCACUGGAGGUGGCGGCUGGACCCUCGUGGCUAGUGUGCAUGAGAACAGCAUGCAGGGGAAAUGUACAGUGGGUGAUCGCUGGUCCAGUCAGCAGGGCAACAGAGCAGACUACCCAGAGGGAGACAACAACUGGGCCAACUACAACACUUUUGGAUCUGCAGAGGCAGCCACAAGUGAUGACUACAAGAAUCCUGGCUACUAUGACAUCCAGGCAUGGGAUCUGGGCAUCUGGCAUGUGCCCAACAAGUCCCCACUGCAGCUUUGGAGGAAGAGGUCCCUGCUGAGAUACCGCACCCACACCGGCUUCUUCAAGAAUAUGGGGCAUAAUCUGUUUGGUGUCUACCAGAAAUACCCAGUGAAAUACGGAAUAGGGAAGUGUUGGAGUGACAACGGCCCGGCGAUACCUGUUGUCUAUGACUUUGGUGAUGCUCAGAAAACAGCAUCUUAUUACUCACCAUAUGGUCGGGGAGAAUUUGUUGCAGGAUUUGUCCAGUUCAGGGUGUUCAAUAAUGAGGGAGCAGCCAACGCCCUGUGUGCUGGGAUGAGAGUCACUGGAUGCAACACGGAGCAUCAUUGCAUUGGUGGAGGAGGAUACUUCCCAGAGUCCAGUCCCUCUCAGUGUGGGGAUUUCUCUAGUUUUGACUGGGAUGGAUAUGGAACUCAUGCUGGUUCCAGCAAUAGCCGGGAGAUAACCGAGGCAACAGUGCUCCUAUUCUACAAAUGA